AUGCGGGGCGAGACAGGGCGCGCCAACCUCUUCACGCGCCGCGCCAUCAUCGUGGGCGGCGCGCAGGCGCUGCUGACGGCCGGGCUCGCCGGGCGGCUCUAUCAGCUUCAGGUCGUCGACUCCGAGCGCUAUCAGGUUCUCGCCGACGAGAACCGCAUCAACAUGCAGCUUCUGCCGCCGGCGCGGGGCCGCAUCUUCGACCGGUUCGGCCAGAUUCUCGCCGAGAACCGGCUCAACUAUCGGCUGAUCCUGGUGCCUGAGGCGGCGCUGGAUCUCAACCGGGCGCUGGACGAAAUCGCUCGGCUGGUGCCGAUCGAAGACCACGAUCGCGAGCGGGUCCUGCGCGAGGCCAGGCGCAAGCAGAAGUUCGUCCCGAUCACGGUCCGCGAGAACCUGACGUGGGAGGAAGUCUCGCAGAUCGAGGUCAACGCGCCCGAUCUGCCCGGCGUGAUGAUCGACGUCGGCCGGCGCCGCCUCUACUCCUUCGGGCCCGACACGGUCCACAUCGUCGGCUACGUCGGCGCCGUCAAUGAAUCGGAGCUGACGGACGAUCCGCUGCUCACGCUCCCGGACUUCCGCAUCGGCAAGAACGGCGCCGAGAAGGUGCUGGAGACCUCGCUCCGCGGCGAAGCCGGCUCCCGGCAGGUCGAGGUCAACGCCUAUGGCCGCGUGAUUCGCGAGCUCAGCCGCCGGACCGGCCGGCCGGGCGACGACCACAUGCUGACCAUCGACCUCGGGCUUCAGCAGUACGUCUCGGCACGCUUCGGCGAGGAGAGCGGAUCGGCCGUGGUCCUCGAUGUCCAUUCCGGCGAGAUUCUGGCGCUGGCGUCGAUGCCGAGCUACGACCCCAACCUGUUCACCUCCGGCAUCAGCCAGCGGCAAUGGCGCGAGCUGAUCGGCCAUCCGCGCUUCCCGCUCAGCAACAAGUCGAUCGCCGGCCAGUAUUCGCCGGGAUCGACGUUCAAGAUGAUCGUGGCGCUGGCUGCGCUCGAAAGCGGCGAGGGCAUGCUCAAGGUCGUGAACGACCCCAAGGGCACCGCCUACCGCGCGCGCAUCGAGGAACCGACGCUCGCCAUGGCCGGCAAGACCGGGAGCGUGCAGGUGCGGCGGAUUUCCGAGCGCGAGCACCGCUCGGGCGUGAUGAAGAACGAGGACCGCCCGUGGAAGGAGCGCGACCACGCGCUCUUCGUCGCCUACGCGCCGCUCGAGCGGCCGCGGUACGGCGUCGCCGUCGUCGUCGAGCACGGCGGCAACGGCGGUUCCGUGGCCGCGCCGAUCGCACGCGACAUCCUGCGCGAGGUUCAGCGCCGCGACCCCGUCGGCGCGCGCACGCUCUCUCACGCCCGUGCCACGACCCAACGAGACCGCCUGAUGGCACAGCUGGACAUUGGCAGCCAUCAGGGCUUUCGGAUUGCCGAGCGGCUCCUCAGGCUCGACUGCCGUGGGCGUCGCGCCAGAUGGUCUGGUUCGGCUGCGGGCCUCCUGGUGAUGCUCGCGGUGGCGAUCAUCGACAUCGGCUUCUGGCUGCGCGCGGCCUACACGAUUUACGGCCUCGCCUUCGCCCUGCUGGUCGGCGUCGAUCUGCUCGGCGCGGCGGUCAUGGGCGCGCAGCGCUGGAUCGACCUCGGCGUGAUCCAGCUACAGCCAUCGGAACUCAUGAAGAUCGCGCUGGUGCUGGCACUCGCGCGCUAUUUCCACGGCGUCGCCCUCGACGCACUCGGCCGCAUCCGAACCUACCUCCCGCCGCUGCUCAUGAUCCUCGCACCCGCCGCGCUGAUCCUGCGCCAGCCCGACCUGGGGACUGCGCUGCUGCUCGCGCUCGGCGGCGGGAUCAUGCUGUUCCUGGCGGGAAUCAAGGCAUGGAAGAUCGGUGUAGGCAUCGUGCUCGUACUCGGCUCCGGCCCGAUCGCCUGGCAAUUCCUGCACGACUAUCAGAAGACGCGCAUUCUGACCUUCUUCGAUCCCGAAGCGGAUCCGCUGGGCGCGGGGUACCACAUCCUGCAGUCGAAGAUCGCGCUGGGUUCCGGCGGCAUGUUCGGCAAGGGAUAUCUGCAGGGGACCCAAAGCCACCUCAACUUCCUGCCGGAGAAGCAGACCGAUUUCAUCUUCACGAUGAUGGCGGAGGAGCUGGGAUUCUUCGGCGUGGCCGGCGUGCUCCUGCUGUACUUGGGGAUCGCCACCUACGGCGUGGUGAUCUCCACCCGGAGCAACAACCAUUUUGGCCGCAUGCUCGGCAUGGGGAUCACGGUCACGUUCUUCUUCCACGUCUUCUUCAAUAUCGCGAUGGUGAUCGGGCUCAUCCCCAUCGUCGGCCUGCCGCUCCCGCUGAUCUCCUAUGGCGGGAGCUCCAUGUUGAGCCUGAUGCUGGGUCUCGGGCUGCUGCUCUGCGUCGGGCGUCCACCGCGACGUCGUCAUCACGCGCCGCCCCGGCGGCGGCGCGUCGUAGGCGGAGACGGCUGCGGUUUCCAUUGCGCGCGCCUUUGGCGUAACGGCUCAGACGAUCGUGGCCUCCACCGUGCCCAGCCCCUCGAUCUCGUAGACGAAGCGAUCGCCCGCCUCGGGGAACUGCGUCGCCAGCGUGCUCCCGGUCAUCACGACCAUGCCGGCCUCGAGCGUCGUCCCCCUCGAAGCGAGCUGGUUGGCGAGCCAGACCAGCGAGUUCAGCGGAUUCCCCAUGGCGGCGCCGGUGACCGCCGCAGCCGGCGGGGCGUCGUUGAUCCGCAGGGAAACCGGCGUGUUGGCGAGAUCGAGCGUGCGCCAUUCGGUGCAGCGCGGCCCCAGAACGAUUCCGGCGCACCAUGCGUUGUCCGCGAGGAUGGAGAGAGCGUCGACGUCGUCGUGGUCGGCAUGGCGGUCCUCGAUCAGCUCGAAGGCCGGCAUGCAGGCCGCAAUUCGGGCUGCCGCAUCGUCGAGGGCGAAGGGCCCGUCCACGUGGCGGAAGGCCGUGCCGAUCUCCACGGCAAGCUCGAACUCGAUCCCGAGAUGGGUGUAAUCGGCGAGCGCGAUCCUGGGCGGGCGAGCGGUGCACCGCGGUCUCGAAGACCACGCCGCUGA